GAGAGUCGGUGACGCGGAGCGGACAUUAACAUAGGAGUCUUUUGGUUUACUCCGAUACCGGUGAAUCCCUAUAAAAGGAUUUACCAAGACCAGGGACUAGUAGUCACAUACCCAGUUAUUAUUCCAUAGAACACCGCAGAAGACUCACUUUAUACCCACAAUCGAAGCUAGCUGUGAGAAAGGAAUUAUCACACACCAACUCCGAAGGCCAACAUGAGUAAAAUUCGGUUUCGUCAAGAGGCAGACCAACGAUACAGCUUGGGUAGCCGAGAACAUGAAUGGCGAGAUCACGGGUCACAUUUCCCUCUCCAAGGCCAGCCCGUCCGAUGUAGCAGUAGCAAUGUGGAGGCAGUUAUAUCCUCAGCAAGAACAGCCCAUCGCAGUACUAGGAAGAUUAUUCGUACAUCCUGAGGCCCGCGGCCAUGGAAUAGCGAACAAGUUGAUGCAGACUGCCCUUGACGAAGCGCGGCGCCGAGGCCAGAGGUUAGUCAUGUUUGCCUUGGCCAAUGUCCCGGAUGCCAUACGAAUGUAUCAUCGGCUAGGCUGGGAACACUUUGGGACGACGGUUUUUAGAUGGAAGGGAGACGCAGGUGAGGAGUUGGAGAUGGAUGCCCAGUGUUUUGCGAGCCCCGUCUUGGCCGACAAGUAGUAAAGCUCGGAGUCUCGCUUUGGACCGGGCCAUACAAUAAUAUCACGCAGAUAGGCAUGUGAAUCCAGCAUCCCCUCUGUUAACGUAUGUUAUUUUCCUGUACUCGAGGAGGAGCUUAUCGGCGAUUAGUUAUAUCAAGAUGAUGAUGGACUGCAUGACGACCCACCAUGGGUGACUUACUGGGCAUAUUUACCCCUCACCUU